GCCAUAGCUAAUUUGCAGACUUUGUCCCUGGUUAGGCUUUUAAGAAAAAACUACAUAAUACAUCAUACAUAAAAUCACAAUAAUCAACAAUAAAACCUUGAUGGCUUGUCUGAAGGAAAUGUAUUGUAUGUAUAAAGUAUAUGUCCUCAUUGCAUGAACUUGUUGUAGACUAUGACACAGAUCUUUGUGUCGGCUGCCGUGUGCAGCGGCUGAUGAUGCCAGAAUUUCUUUGCUGCUGAUUCAGAUGCUUGAAACCGAUAAGCCAAAGAAGCUAAUAGUAUUUUGCAUGCGUCUCUGAGUUUUGUGUUAUUUGCGAGAUCAAAGCCAGGUGAGCCCAAAGAGACGCUGCUUUGCUAAUGAGAACUGGAGGCUCUGCCGAUGAAACCCUCCAAUUAGGAAGCCGGGGACACAUGAAAGAGACCGGCAAUAUGAAGCAGACUGCCUGUCUGUCUGUCUACAAAAACCUCUGACGUAUUUCUGAAGGAACUUUCAGAGAUGCGUUUGUGACUCUGUGAAGCCUCUUUUAUGGGAUUUGGUUGUUUUUACACAUCAGCCAAUGCAAAAAAAAUAAUUCUAUUUCACAUAUAAUAUAGGGAGUGGUCAAAAUAACACAUUCACUGCAAAGGUUGUGUGCCAGGUAGCAGCACUUCAGUCAGCCACAUGUUGUAGAGUUUUUAACUUCUUUUCCAUGAGGUCUUCACAUUACUUGUUUCUACCUCCUGGCCUUAUAAAAGUAAAUGAAGCAGAUUAUGUGACUGGGCUUCAGUCAGUGAAAGCUGGGCCGUCAUUGCCCAUUGUCCUCCCCUCCCUACUCACACACACCCUCCAUCAGCUUAUUACCCCCCCCGCCCCCCUUCUGUCUGCAGUCAUCACAAAACAAGCCGUUGUCUCCAAACAAAUCGUCUCUGCGUCUUUGAUAGGUAGUUGAUAACAGACUCACAGACUGAUGGGGCUGGCUGACCUUGCUGUAUAUAAAGCCAGCAGCAGCAGUCACAAAGCCAUUCAACGACAGAGGAGCAACCUUCAGUAAAAGCUCAUCUAUCUAUACCUCUCUGGAUUUUGCGAACCUUCAGUAUGGCUGUUUUCUUCUUCUUCACCGUGGCGCUCCUGGCUCUGGCGUGUCCUUUAAUGGCGUUUGACAUGGGUCAGUCCACCCGUUGCGUCACUAUCCCCAACCAGAUGAAAGUCUGCAAAGAUGUCGGAUACUCUGAGAUGCGGCUCCCGAACUUCUUGGGUCACAGCAACCUGGAAGGUGAGGUGGUGCCCCGUUCAGAGGAUUGGAGGCCUCUGUUGCAGACGGGCUGCCACCCUCAAGCCCAGGUCUUCCUCUGCUCCCUCAUCGCCCCCGUCUGUCUCGACACUUUCAUCCAGCCAUGCCGCAGCCUGUGUGUGGCAGUGAGGGACAGCUGUGCCCCGGUGCUCGCCUGCCAGGGACACCCAUGGCCCGAGGCACUCGACUGUGACCGCUUUCCUUCCGAGGAAGACAUGUGCCUCGUUCCCCACGCAAAAUUCAACCACUUUCCCAAAGAUUUGCCCAAACCUGCCUGCCAAAACUGUCCGUCUGUGGAGGAGGCUCCUGCAAUGAAAACAGUCUUGGAUUCUUUCUGCCAGCACGACUUUGCUGUGACUGCCAAACUUCAUCGCCGUCGCCGACCAACGGGAGAGCCAGAAUUUGAGGUUGAGGGCCAUGUUGAGUUUAUCCGCCAGGGGCCUCUCCUGCCUUACGACACCCAGCACCUACUCCAGCAGUGGCUCCUCAUCAACCUGCGAUGUGCCGACCUUCUUGUGCGCCCGGGACGGUCCCAGCUGUACGUGCUGACCGGUUCCGUGCAGCCCGCCGACGGCACCCUCGCUCUCACCCGUCUCUUCCCUUGGCACAAAAAAGACGCAAACAUUGCAGUGGCCACUCGCAAGUGGAAGCACCACAGAUGUUGAAUGUACUGAUACUUAGAUCUGAAUCUGUGUUUGAAGUGUAGACUCGCAUAAGAACAAACUUCUUAUAUGAUUCCACGUCUAGAACACGUUUUAAGACAAAAUCAAGGAGGAAUUUGAGAUGGAGAGUUUCUUGGCAUUGGGUGUUGGUGAGAAUUUGUAAAGUAACAUUAACACCCUUUACCUCCCUCAGCAGCUCACUAUCUGAUCCCUGCUCUGACAGCACACAGUAAUAGAAUGCACUCAAACCUGUACAUAGUAUUAAUUAAUGUAAAUCGAUUGUAGAUUCUAUUUUCUAUAAGGAUAUUGGUGUAUUUAUGACAUCUUUUGUGGAAAAAGAUGACAAUAAAAUGUUCUGCAAAACUA